AUGCCCCGAAAGCCACCACAACCCCUGCCCACCAUUCCCAAGGCUGAUGAGAUCGUCCCCAUGGUCAAGCGCAUCCUCGCAGCUCAGCAUGCCGCCCGUGAACGUGCCGCCGCAACCAUCUCCCCCUCCCAGGCUACCUUCGCUAACGUCAUCGCCCCGUUCCUCGAAGCCGAUGACAGCACGCAGGGCGAGACAGGGGUCUUUGGCCUGCUCCGCUUUUCUGGGCCGGACAAGGCCACGCGGGAGGCCGUCGAGGAGGGGCUGAGGCUCUGGGAUGCGUCGACGGCGGAGAGGUUGCGUAUGAAGGGGGUCUACGAGCUCGUGCGUGCCGUCAGAGAGAGGAAUGAGGAGCUGGGGCGCGAGGAGAGGAAGAUAUUGGAGGAUUUGUGGCUGGAUUAUCGCGAGACUGGGCAUGGGGUUCUUGAUGGGGAGGGGAUUGCGGUUUAUCUCAAGAGGAGGAAGAUGAUUGAGGAGUUGAAGGGGGAGUUUCGAAAGAAUUUGUACCAGGGGGGCGGUGGGUUGUGGUUUGAUGAGGCAGAGCUGGAAGGCGUUCCAGCGUCGGAGAUGGAGAGAUGGAAGACUGGGACGGAGAGUGUUCCCGAAGAGAAGGGGAAAAGGUUUGUGCCGUUGGAGCGGGCGGAUUAUGACGCUGUUUUGCGACAUGCCCGCAACCCAGAGACACGGAGGCGGAUGUAUGUUGCGUUUGAUCACAGGUUUCCCGAGAACGUACCGCUAUACAAGGAGAUGUUGGUGUUGAGAGACGAGAAUGCCCGAUUGUUAGGGUACAAGAGCCAUGCGGAUUUCCGGAUGCAGAGAAAGAUUGCGCCGUCGACGAGAUGGGUCGAGAGCUUUUUGGAGCGAUUGAGAGAAAAUCUGAUGCCCAGAGGGAAGGAGGAGAUGAGGAGGCUCGAGAGGAAGAAGGCGGAGCAUCUGCGGUCACUUGCUGGUGGAGGCAAAGAUUGCGAGAACUGGAGGGUGAUUUUGCCGUGGGAUUUUGAAUAUUAUACGCGCCUUCUCGAAGAGGAGGGCCAUGUCGAUCAUGAGAGGGUUUCGGAGUACUUUCCCCUGAGGCACACGCUGUCUACCAUGUUGGGUCUGUUUACCGACUUCUUGGGCCUCGAAUUCGUCGCGGUUGCUAAAGAGGACCUGAUUGGCAAGGUCUGGGAUAAGGAGGUUGAGGUUUGGGGCGUCUGGGAGGGGAGAGGGGAGAGAAAGGGGGAGUUUGUGGGGUAUCUCUAUGCUGAUAUCCUCUGGAGGGAGGGCAAGUAUCGUACGGCGUGCAACGUCAACUUGCAAUGCGGGUAUGUCAGGCGCGAUGGGAGCAGAGUAUACCCCGCCACGGUCCUAAUGUGUGCAUUCCAACCCCCGACGGCAGCUUCUUGCGCGUUGUUGAAGUACCGCGAGGUAGUGACCUUAUUUCACGAACUUGGCCACGGCCUCCACGACCUCGUCAGCAGGACAAACCACACCCGCUUCCACGGCACGCGCGUCGCGCCCGAUUUCGGCGAGGCGCCCAGCACAAUGCUGGAGAAGUGGUGCUGGAUGCCGGCAGAGUUGAUCAAGAUGAGCCGGCAUUAUACGCGGGUGGACGCGGCGUACAUGUCUAAGUGGAAAAAGGAGCAUCCUGCCGGGGAAGAUCCGCCGCCGGAAAAGAUUCCGGAGGAGCUUGUAAAGAGGUUGGUCGAGAGCUGGGAGUUGAAUCGAGGAUUGUGGUUUCUGCGACAAUUGGUCUUCGCGACGUUUGACUUGGCCGUCAACACCCAAGAGUCCACCCAGGUACUAAGAGAUCUGGACGAAGUCGAGUUGUACAAUGACCUCAACGACUCUCUCACCUUGAAGCCCAACCCAGACAAACGAGGCUAUGGAAUUGUCCAUUCGACACAUCUCAUUUCACUGUACGACGCGGGAUACUACGCCUAUCUGAGUGCUCAAGCCUUUGCGGCAGACUUCUUUGAGACGCAUUUCGCUCGGGACCCCCGCAGCCCGGAAGCUUGGGAUAGAUAUCGGCGGGAGAUUCUGGAGUCCGGUGGGAGCAGGAAUGCGAUGGAGAUGAUGACCGACUUCCUCGGUCGGGAGCCUGGCCCGGAAGCUUUGCUGCGGAGUCUUGGCCUAGAAGUUGGCAGAAAACCUUCGACUGUUCAGAGUCGUGCUGGAGUUCCCUGA